AUGCUUUUAAUAGAGGUCAUUGCAGCUGACCUUAUGGAGCUUGAUAUGGCCAUGGAGCAGGAUCGUAAAGCCGCUGUGAGUCACUGGCAGCAGCAGUCCUACCUGGAUUCAGGUAUUCACUCUGGGGCCACCACCACAGCGCCGUCUCUGUCAGGCAAAGGCAACCCUGAGGAGGAGGAUCUGGACAACCAGGUGCUCUUUGAGUGGGAGCAGGGCUUCAACCAGCCCUUCACACCUGAGCCGGUGGCAGACCUGGAUGGGCAGUAUGCCAUGACCCGUGCACAGCGUGUCCGUGCUGCCAUGUUUCCUGAGACUCUCGAUGAGGGCUUGCAGAUUACUUCUACCCAGUUUGACUCCUCCCACCCCACCAAUGUGCAGCGGCUGGCCGAGCCUUCCCAAAUGCUCAAACAUGCCGUUGUCAAUCUCAUUAACUACCAGGAUGAUGCUGAACUGGCCACCAGAGCAAUCCCUGAGCUCACCAAACUUCUCAACGAUGAGGACCAGGUGGUGGUGAACAAAGCCGCAGUGAUGGUGCACCAGCUCUCCAAGAAAGAGGCCUCUCGCCAUGCCAUCAUGCGCUCUCCCCAGAUGGUGUCGGCAAUCGUGAGGACCAUGCAGAACACCAAUGAUGUAGAGACUGCCCGUUGUACUGCCGGCACCUUACACAACCUGUCCCAUCACAGAGAGGGCCUCCUCGCUAUCUUUAAGUCAGGAGGAAUUCCUGCCCUUGUCAAGAUGCUCGGGUCCCCCGUUGAUAGUGUGCUGUUCUAUGCCAUCACCACCCUUCACAACCUCCUGCUUCAUCAGGAAGGUGCUAAAAUGGCUGUCCGUCUAGCUGGAGGACUUCAGAAGAUGGUGGCCCUGCUCAACAAAACGAAUGUCAAAUUCCUUGCCAUCACCACAGACUGCUUACAGAUCCUGGCAUACGGCAACCAGGAGAGCAAGUUGAUCAUCCUGGCCAGUGGAGGACCUCAAGCUCUGGUCAACAUCAUGAGAACAUACACCUAUGAGAAACUGCUCUGGACCACAAGUCGUGUGCUGAAGGUGUUGUCUGUCUGCUCCAGCAGCAAACCCGCCAUUGUUGAAGCUGGUGGUAUGCAAGCUCUUGGUCUUCACUUGACAGAUCCCAGUCAGCGUCUGGUUCAAAACUGCCUGUGGACUCUCAGAAACUUGUCAGAUGCUGCCACCAAGCAGGAAGGGAUGGAAGGACUUCUUGGCACUCUGGUUCAGCUUCUUGCUUCAGAUGACAUCAAUGUGGUCACAUGUGCCGCUGGCAUACUCUCCAAUCUCACGUGUAACAACUACAAGAACAAGAUGAUGGUUUGCCAAGUGGGUGGAAUCGAGGCCCUGGUCCGUACUGUUCUCAGAGCUGGUGACAGAGAGGACAUCACCGAACCUGCUGUUUGUGCGCUACGCCAUCUAACAUCCAGACACCAAGAUGCUGAGAUGGCCCAGAAUGCAGUGCGUCUUCACUACGGCCUGCCUGUAGUGGUCAAACUGCUGCACCCACCCUCACACUGGCCAUUAAUUAAGGCCACAGUCGGGCUGAUCCGUAAUCUAGCGCUAUGCCCAGCCAAUCACGCACCACUCCGAGAGCAGGGUGCGAUUCCCCGGUUGGUCCAAUUGCUGGUGAGGGCACACCAGGACACCCAAAGGCGCACUUCAAUGGGCGGAACACAGCAACAGUUUGUGGAGGGAGUUCGUAUGGAGGAGAUUGUGGAAGGCUGCACUGGAGCACUUCACAUCCUGGCCAGAGACGUACACAACAGAAUCGUCAUCAGGGGGCUCAACACUAUCCCCUUAUUUGUACAACUGCUGUAUUCUCCUAUUGAGAACAUCCAGCGGGUAGCAGCAGGAGUUUUGUGUGAGCUGGCUCAAGAUAAGGAGGCAGCAGAGGCCAUUGAGGCAGAAGGAGCCACGGCUCCUCUCACAGAGCUGCUGCACUCCAGGAACGAGGGAGUGGCCACAUACGCUGCAGCAGUUCUGUUCCGCAUGUCUGAGGAUAAGCCUCAGGACUACAAGAAACGUCUUUCUGUGGAACUUACCAGCUCUCUUUUCAGAACGGAGCCCAUGGCCUGGAACGAGACUGGUGACCUAGGCCUUGAUAUUGGUGCUCAGGGAGAGCCUCUUGGAUACAGACCAGAUGAUCCCAGCUAUCGUUCUUUCCACUCUGGCUACGGGCAGGAUGGUCUGGGUAUGGAUGGCAUGCUGGAGCAUGAGAUGGGAGGCCACCAUCCUGGGGCAGAGUACCCCGUAGAAGGAUUGCCCGACUUGGGCCACGCUCAGGACCUGAUGGAUGGCUUGCCCCCUACAGACUCCAAUCAGCUGGCCUGGUUCGACACGGACCUCUAAACAUUCACAGUCUACAAGUAUUGAAGCUGUAUGUUGAAUGAAUCUGCAUUGUGAUUUGAAGAGUCGAGGAAGGUUUGCCAGAGGGUGGGCUAGUGUUUCAGAAAGUGCCUGACGCACAACACACUUGUCGCAGACGAAAGGGAGAUAUCUAACGGGGAAAUGGUGGAUGUCAGUCUCCCUUUAAUGCUACGACCCUUUUUUUUUAUUUAAAUUUUUUUUUUUUUGCCCUGGAUGGAAAAAUG